GGAUUUGAUCGAUCCGAUGACGAUGAUGCCGGUGGUGAAGCCUGCGAUUUCGCCGUAUGGACAUGUGAUGGGGUACGAUUCGUGGGUGAAGGUGCUGAAUCGAAACCCGAAGAAUACGUGUCCGUUCACGAAGAAGAAGCUGACGCGGAGGUCGCUGGUGAAGUUGACGGCGGAGAAUAUCGAGGAGUAUCGAGGAAUGAUUAAGAGCACGAACGGGUUUGAGGGGGAGUUGAAGUGUAACUGAGUGAGGAUGUACAACUAGUGAAUAAUCGAUUUUGAGGUG